AUGCCACCCAAGGGGUCUAAAUCUGACCCGGCCUCUCCAAAAAAGCCGGAAUCUGCUGCUGCGAAAAAGGCUGCCAAAAAGGCCGCCGACAAGGCUGUCAAACAGUUUCUUCCGAAAAAAAGAACACCUUAUGCAAUCUUCGUGUCAGAGCAGUACGCACGGAUUCAGGACGAUGUCAAGCGAGAGCAAGAGGCCUCGGGGUCAGCAGAUCAGAAACGUCCACAACGUCUGGCAUUCGACCGCAUCGGAGACGAGUGGAAGCGCUUGGGCAAAAAGGGCCAAGAGCCAUACCAGAAGAGGGCCAAGGAGGAGGAAGCCGCGUUUGCUCGAGCGAAGGAGCAACUCAUGUCUGGAGGGGCGAACGGCCAACCUCAGCAUGGACCUGGCUCAAGCAUAGGCGAGUAUGAGCUCCUGGACACGGUCUUGUGGAGAGGAACGUCCGUGGCUGCCUAUGCUGCACUGCACAAGGAUCUUCGUUUCGAAUCUGCUGCAGUGGUUUAUGAGUCUCAGGCGGACUUCCGACAUGAAGUAGGCAUCUUGCAGCAGCUCUGGCGGGCGGAAGAAAACGAUGCAUGGAAUUGUGAUGUCUUCUUGCGUGUGCAGCAGGCCAUCAUUUGCAACGAUCCGGUGAAAUGCAUCGUCUUUGAGAAGUUGCCUCGGCUGAGCGACGUGCUGACAAGAUCUGGUCCGCUGAGGGGCCACAAGCUGCAGGCAAUGGCUGCGCAGUUGGCGCUCGCGGUGACGCAGCUGCACGGACUGCAACUCUUGCACCUGGACUUGAGGCCGCAUGCGGCAUUCUGGAACGAGCAGGAUUGCACCCUGAAGCUUGGAAGACUGACCUUGUGUCAGGCGGAGGCUGCGCUGGCAGCGCAAUCACAGGACACGGCCGCGUACACUGGGCUCUACCGACCACCGGAGGUCUGGCGAGGUGCAACUCCAUCCAGACGGUCAGAGAGUUGGGCAUACGGGGUCACACUGAUGGAAUGCUUCGCUGGCACACAUCCCUUUACAGACAUGGAACAGAUUUGGAGUUUUGAUGCGACGGUGUCUGAUUUCCAGGAGCUUGACAAGCGUGUUCCAGCCAUGAGCUCGAUGCCCCAGGAUACUCGUUAUGUGUGUCACUUGUUCAUGCGGCAUGUGUCUGACAGCAGAAUGCUGGUUGAGGAGUUCUUGAAGAAUCGCCCGCUGCAGCAGAAGUUGUGCCAGCAGUAA